GUCGCGGCGGCGGCAGGAGGCGGCGGCGCUGGGGACAGCAUGGCCUUGCGCUGGUGGUGGCGGUGCGGGGCCUCCUCCCGCCGGGCGCCGCCGCCCGCCUCCCUGCCGCGCCUCCGCCCGCCCGGGCCCGGCCCCCGCGCCGCGAUGUGUUAUUUUACCCAAAGAAGUUCAACUUUGUUAUUUCCAAAAAUAUGUAGUAUAUUCUGGCGGUUUCAUCAUACAAGCACAUCCCGCUUGUGCAGCUGCAGUAAGACAGUUAGUGAUGAAAAAUACCAAGACCCUUUUCAACUUGGUAGAAAAGACUUGAAGAAUCUCUAUGAAGAUAUUAAAAAGGAAUUACUUGUGUCUACUGCAGAACUGAAGGAAAUGUGUGAUUAUUACUUUGAUGGGAAAGGAAAGGCCUUUCGACCAAUGAUUGUGGUGCUAAUGGCAAGGGCUUGCAACAUUCACCAUAGUAAUUCCAGGGAGGUGCAAGCAAGCCAGCGCUCUGUGGCCAUAAUUGCUGAGAUGAUCCACACAGCUAGCCUGGUUCAUGAUGAUGUCAUUGAUGAUGCAAAUUCUCGCAGAGGAAAAAUGACAGUCAAUCAAAUCUGGGGAGAGAGGAAGGCUGUUCUAGCUGGUGACUUCAUCCUCUCAGCUGCUUCUGUAGCUUUAGCACGAAUUGGAAAUACCACUAUCAUCUCUGUUCUAACUCAGGUGAUUGAAGACCUGGUGCGUGGUGAAUUCCUCCAGUUGGGUUCCAAGGAAAAUGAGAACGAGAGAUUUGCUCACUACCUCGAGAAGACCUUUAAGAAGACCGCGAGUCUUAUAGCAAACAGUUGUAAAGCAGUUUCAAUUCUAGGCUGCCCUGAUCCCAAAGUUCAUGAGAUUGCAUACCAGUAUGGAAAAAAUGUUGGCAUAGCUUUUCAGCUAAUAGAUGAUGUGCUGGAUUUUACAUCAUGUGCUGAUCAUCUGGGGAAACCAGCAGCAGCAGAUCUCAAGCUGGGCUUAGCUACAGGCCCGGUCUUGUUUGCUUGUCGACAGUUUCCAGAAAUGAAUGCCAUGAUAAUGAGACGAUUCAGUAAGCCAGGAGAUGUUGAACGUGCUCGGAAAUAUGUGAUGCAGGUAGGACCAGUAUCAAAUGUUCCAUUCCUGAAAUGCCAUCCCUACUGAAGUCAGUCUGACAUUCAUUGCCUUUUCAAAUACAUGCUAAGUAGCAUGCUAUGUACAGUACAAAGUGAGGACUCUUCAGCUGCCUUACUGGCACAGUGUUUUAGCAGAAAUGCAGGUACUGAAGAACUCUCUUUCUUUUUUCCUUCCAAUAGCAUAAAAUCAACAUAAAGAGUAAAAAGCUCAUGCAUGAACUCAGUUCCUUCAGCUGAAGAGUAGCUGUAUCCAACAACUGGUGUAAGCAACAUGUAAUUACCAGUCUUGUAACUGCAGUGCACACUCCCAUGUCAGUAUGAAUUGACACUGGUUCUUAAAAGACUGAAUAAUUGUGCAAAAAUAAUACCUAUUUUUCAGUGUAGGUUUUUUUUUACAUCUCUAUUUAGGGCAGGAGGAGAGGGGUUAACCCAUUACUUUCUAAUCCUACUGAAGACUAAGUUAUUAAUACCAUUAAUGUUUUGUAAGUAUACUUAAGCUUAGCAUGGAUGAGUUUUAUUAUUUUAAAGCUUUGAGGAAGAGAUGUAGGAUUCAAUGAACAUAGAAUGAAUCGUCUUCCUUUCCCCUUCAAAAUAUACUUGUUUAGGCUACUUACUGACCUUAAAACUUCUUCCCCCUGGUUACUGGAAGAGGCAAAAGGCAGGAGGGGGGGCUGAGCAGUUAUCCAUUACCUUUAACAUCUAACAUCUUGUACCUAAGAGUGAUGGUGUGCAGCAAACAACCUACCUCGCCCAGCGCUACUGCCACGAAGCCACGAGAGAGAUCAGAAAACUGCGGCCGUCCCCUGAGCGCG